AUGGGUCCCUGGACGGCCCUGCUGGUGGCGUACCUUCUCGGAGGCGUCACCUUUGUCCCGCUGCUUAUCGGCCUCGUCCUGCUGCACGCACACUACACGCUGCCAUUUCGGCGGGACAUGGAUGAGGUCCCGGAUGGGCACCCGGACAGCGUGGUGCAGGACGGCGACGACAUGGCCGCGCUCGACGCCCGCCGGGCCAAAGAGCGGGGUGACAAGCACAACGACGACGACGGGCGGAGCGGGCGGCGGAAAAACGACAGCGACGCGGCGUUGCACGAGCUCGAUGUCGCUGCGGGCUACUUUGCAGUGUGUAGGGAGUACACGCCCAUGGGCAUCAACGCGAAGCCGAUUGAGCGGGCCACGCCCGUCGGCACCGCCACGGUCGCGCCGCCGAGCCCAAGCGUCUACCAAACAUUCUACAGGAGCAUCUUUGACCGGAGGCCCGUACCUGGGCCGAUUGAGAAUAACAGCAUGAGUCACAGGCCGAGGAAUGCUGGCAAUGUGUUUUACGUGGUGUUGCGACACGGCCACAUUAUGCUCUUUGACGACGAGGAGCAGCUCGAGGUCCGUCACGUCAUCAGCCUCGCCCACUACGACAUUAGCAUCUACUCAGGCGGCGACGAGACCCCAGAGGGCGAGCUGUUUAUCAAGCGCAACGCCCUGCGCCUUUCGCGGCGCGACAGUCCUGAUGGCGACGAAGGCGGCCCCGUCGCGAAGCCCUUUUACCUCUUCUCCGAGAACUGCUCUGCCAAGGAGGAUUUCUACUUUGCGCUGCUCCGCAACCAGGAGCAGACGUUUCCUGGGCUCGGCCGGUGCCCGCCCAAGCCCAAGCACUAUGACACCAAGGACAUUAUCACGCUGUUGCAGCGGCUGCACUCGUCCGAGGAGACGGUUCAUUCGCGCUGGCUUAAUGCCGUGCUGGGGCGCAUCUUUCUCAGCGUCUACCGGACUAAGGAUAUCGAGAAUUUCAUCGCGACCAAGAUCACGAAGAAGAUUUCGCGCGUCAAGACGCCUUCGUACCUGACCAACAUUGCCAUUUGCAAGAUUGACACGGGUGAGGCGGCGCCGUUUCUGCACAAUCUGAAACUCAGGGAGUUUAACGUCGACGGCGAGUGCCUUGUCGAGGCGGACCUGCGGUACUCGGGCCAAUUUCGGCUGGAAAUGUCGGCGACGGCCAAGAUUGAACUCGGCGCGCGCUUCAAGGCUCGCGAGGUCAACCUAGUGCUCGCGCUGGUGCUGCGGCGCAUAGAGGGCCAUGUGCUCUUCAGGAUCAAGGCGCCGCCCAGUAAUCGCCUUUGGCUGUCGUUUCAGGCCAUGCCUAAGAUGGAGCUGGCCAUUGAGCCGAUUGUGAGCAGCCGCCAGAUUACCUACACACUCAUUCUGCGGCAGAUUGAGAACCGCAUCAAGGAGGUAUUUGCCGAGACGCUGGUGCAGCCAUUUUGGGACGACGUACCGUUUUUUAGGACAGAGCACAAGGAAUGGCGGGGGGGCAUCUUUGAAGGGGAUGAUGCGGUAGAAGGUGAAGUGACGGCGGCGGCGGCGGUGACGAUUCCCGAAGUUGAUGGGCCGGCGGAGACGGUUGUUGUGGGCGCCGACCCCGAGGAGCCGGCGAUUGUGGCGGAACAGCAGGCUUCUGUACGACCGGUGGAAAAGAGCCAAACGAUGCCGACGCUGGAGAGCCAGGCGACGUCCGCGACUGGUCUGUUUGGGCGCAAGCUCGGAACGAAUAAGCUAAGCGCAGAUAACUCACCGGCUGCUGCGUCGACGGUCAGCCUGGAUGCUAAGAGCACAGCCGCAACAACGUCGUCGUCGCGGUCCCCAAACAUCAUCAAACGCGCCAGCGUGGAACCGAUUGUCGGCACGGAACCCGCGCACGCUGACUGGUUCAAGCCCUCGACGUCGCCGCCCGACCACGCCACAAGCCUGAUUGCCGCGCUGCACUCCAAGGCCCAGCAGGAAGCGGCAGCGGCGGCAGUGGCGUCGCCAUCGUCACCCAUUGUCACGCCCAUCGGUUCGCCCAGUAAGGAUAAGCGCGUCAAGUCGAGCGGCGCCUCGUCCAUCUCCUCCAAAGAGGGAUCCAUUGAAACGACAGAGCAGCACGGCGACGGCGCGGCCGCGGCCCCCACGCGGCGCAACACGGUCUCGUCGCACGGAUCGCUCGAGAGCCAGCAGUCGCCCAAUGGCGGCGGCGCUUUCAGCCAGGCCGGCUCUCUCGGGCGCAAGUUUUUUAUGAAGCGCGAGAAUUCGAGCGCGUCUGUUUCGACAAUCGCUUCGACGACUGACACAAACGGGCCGAAACAGCAGCAGCAGCAGCAGCCGCGCAACAACACGCUCGCGGCCGUGACUAAUGUCGCCAACCAGGCCCGACAGUGGGGAUGGAAUGCCAUCCAGCGACAAAAGGACGCGCGCCGACACGGCGAGGCUGCGAGUCACGUUGACCUCAGCCAGCCGAUGGGUCGCGGGCAGCCGCUCCCGCCACCGGGCACGCCCCUGCCCGGUCCGACCAACGGCAAGACCAAGAUAGCAGCGCCAGUGCCGGUACCCAAGCGCAAGCCAGUGCCGGUGUCGGCCGAGGACAAAGAGCCAGAGAGGCCAGGGACGGGUCACUCGCAAAAGCAGGAAGAGCAAGAGCGGGAACUAAAACCGCCGCCGUUGCCGCAGAGACGACGACGAGGGGCGAGUCAGGCGAUUGCAGAGGAAAAGGAAGAGGAUAACGGCAACGCGGCGGAGAACAUUCUCGUGAUAAGUGCGCCGGAUGACUCGCAGCCGCCGACGCCGCUGGACGAUGGGACAGAAUACGAGGGGGCGCUAUUUGGUCCGGGGAACAAUGAUGAUGAAAGUAAAGGCGUAGCGGCGGCAGGGAUCCCAAGGAGACCGGUGCCGGUGCCGAUUACAGUUGUCAAAGACGUGAAGCCAGAAGCGGACAAGACGCCUGUCGUGCAACCCGCGCGAGCAUUCGACGCGCUGCCAGUAAACGAGAUGGAAACAGCCACGUUGCCUGCUAAACUUGUUGUCGAUGAUGCAGGCCUGGAGGAUCUAGAGCAAGAAGAUGGCAAACCGCUGGUUGCGAUGCCUCCAUCAACGACUCCGCCGGAACCAAACGUCGAUGACGAUGACGAUGAUGGUUUUGCGGGAUGGAUGGAUGAAGACGCGGAUGAGAGUCAGAUUCCGACGACGACGACGACAACGACAACGACGAGUCGGACAGAGGAGGCGCUGCCAAGAUCAGUGACGAGUCGGGUAUAA